GGAGGAGGAGGAGGAGGACGACGAGGAGGAGGAGCCGCCGCCGCACCGGAGCCAUCGCUCUUGUCGGGGCCGGGGCGCACCGGCGGGGGGCGGCGGCGGCGGCGGCGCUGCUGCUUCACCCCCCGCACCCCCGGCCCGUCCCGCACGGCCCGCGGGGCUCCUCCGCCCUCCCUCCCGCUCGGUGGAGCUUUCCCGGAGCCCUCCCCGAGCCCGCCCGGAGUCCGCCCGGUGCCCGCCAUGCUCUCCGGGGCGCCGCCGCCGCCCGCCGGCUUCCCCAGCCCGGCCCCGCCGCCGCAGCCGCCGCCGCCGCCGCCGCCCGCCGCUCCCCCGCACGGGCCGCCGCCGUUCCCGGGCAAGGGCGGCCUGCAGAUCCGGAAGAAUGCCAUCACGGACGACUACAAGGUCACCACGCAAGUGCUGGGGCUCGGCAUCAACGGGAAAGUUUUGGAGAUCUUCAGUAAGAAGAGCGGCGAGAAGUUCGCGCUCAAGAUGCUGCAGGACUGCCCCAAGGCCCGCAGGGAGGUGGAGCUGCACUGGCGAGCGUCGCAGUGCGCGCACAUCGUGCGCAUCAUGGACGUCUACGAGAACCUCUACCAGGGGAGGAAGUGUCUGCUCAUCGUCAUGGAGUGCUUGGAUGGUGGGGAGCUCUUCAGCCGCAUCCAGGACAGGGGAGACCAGGCCUUCACAGAACGGGAGGCUUCGGAGAUCAUGAAGAGCAUUGGGGAAGCCAUCCAGUACCUGCACUCGAUCAACAUCGCGCACCGGGACGUGAAGCCGGAGAACCUCCUGUACACCUCCAAGAGGCCCAACGCCGUGCUGAAACUCACCGACUUCGGCUUCGCCAAGGAAACCACCACGCACAACUCGCUGGCCACACCCUGCUACACGCCCUACUACGUGGCCCCAGAAGUGCUGGGCCCAGAGAAGUACGACAAGUCCUGUGACAUGUGGUCCCUGGGUGUCAUCAUGUAUAUUCUGCUGUGCGGGUACCCCCCCUUCUACUCCAACCACGGGCUGGCCAUCUCUCCUGGCAUGAAGAAGAGGAUCCGAAUGGGCCAGUACGAGUUCCCCAACCCCGAGUGGUCCGAGGUGUCAGAGGAAGUGAAGCAGCUGAUCCGAAACCUGCUGAAGACAGACCCGACCCAGCGCAUGACGAUAACGGAGUUCAUGAACCACCCCUGGAUCAUGCAAUCCAUGCAGGUGCCCCAGACCCCGCUGCACACCAGCCGUGUGCUGAAGGAGGAGAAGGACCUGUGGGAGGAUGUGAAGGAGGAGAUGACCAGUGCCCUGGCCACCAUGAGAGUGGACUACGAACAAAUCAAGAUCAAGAAAAUCGAGGAUUCCUCGAACCCUCUGCUGAUGAAGAGGAGGAAGAAAGCCAACCCCCCCGAGCCCACCACGCUGCCCCACUGAGGGCCCUGCCCACCAGCCCUCCAGAAAGCAAUAACUAUAAAUAUAUAUAUAUAUAUAUUUUUUAAGGAAAAAAAAAGACAAAAAGAAACAGACUGUUCUAUCGAGCGCAUGGAAUUCAGACAUUUAUACCAGACUAGUUAUUUUUAGCUACUCACCUGUGUUUCUGACCUUUCUGGAGCAGGUGGUGAGAUCCUCCCCCUCAGAUCCACACCUGCACCCAGGGAUUUUUUUUUGUCCUGUAGGUGAACGCCGCCAAUAAUUGGAUUUUUAUUUUUCUUUUGUGAAACAGUUUUGAUUUAUAUAUAUAUAUUUUUUUUUUCUUUUCCUCCUCCUUCCUUCCAAAGACAUGGAAACUCCUGUGGUGACCUUUUUAGGGUAUAUUACAUAUAAAUAUUUUUUAAAAACUACUGUAGAGCUGAAACCCAGACAGUGUGUUCCCUGUGUGGAUGCUGGUUAGAGACAGGCUCCAGGGAAGGAGAGCUGCUCUCCCCCGUGUCCUGCUGCCCUGGGGGGGGUCCCAAAUCAAGCACAGGAGCCACAAAGCAGCGCCCCAGCCCUCCCUGGGGGUUUACCUGGCAGCGCUGUCUGUCUGUCCGUGCGGGGUGUGUGUCUGUCCGUGGGCCUGCAGCUGCUCUGGCUGCCCCUGCGUGGCCUGGGAUGCAGCUCUGACCUCAGGGGGGGCUCUGCUGUCCCCCCAGCUCUGCAGGGAUGUGUGCCCCCCUCACCCUGUGCCCAGCAUGGGGGGGUCCCUGGGGACAGCGGGUGCCAGGGCAGGGCUGGGGGUGGCACAGCUGGAGCCAGCUUGGCAGCACUGACCCCUCCCCUGGCUGGGAAUGGGGGUGCUGCAGCCCCCCCAGUGUGGCUCCUGCAGCUGCUCUGAAGUCUUUAGUCCAUGGAUGAUGAUGAUGACGACGAUGAUGAUGAUGAUUAUUAUUAUUAUUAUUUUGUCACGAUGUUUCACUUCGUUACAUGUGUUUGAAUGGGGAAAAACGAUUUUUUAAGGUUUAGUUUUUAGGUGAUCUUUUUAGACACUGUAUGGAAUUUUAAUUUGUUUUGAAAACUGGUUUUUAUCCCCCCCCCUUUUUUUUUUUUAAUUUUUUUUAAUUGUUUUUGUCUGUUGGCUUAUACUAAUCUUCCCAGUCUGCUCUUCAGUCCUUUGGAUUAAAGACACUUAAA